AUGAAUUUCAUAUACUAUCGCGACACUUUUGGUCUGGAACCGCUGACCGAGGGCUCCGAUAACGACAGCAUAAUUUGCAUUGGCAUCACUGUCAAAACUACCAAAUCAUUUCCUACCAUGCAAGUCAUACAUUCUCUAGCUUCCUUCAUAUACUUCGUAUCCAACAAGAAAUUUUCAGAUAUAUUGUUUGUAGCACAACUACUCACCAACCAUGUUCUAACGUCCGACCCUCGAACGUUACUCACAUUGACACUUGUUGCCAUCGCAAGUGCGAUUCAGUUGGUCAUCUUUGCUGUCAUAUGCGUAUUUUACGACGGUUGUCCAUAUUAUAUCGGAGUCGUCGUUGGAUUUCUGCUGUUAUCGAAUGCCACUGUUGUUUUUGUUUUCUGUAAAUGCAAGCCUUCAAGAGGCUGGCUGAUUGCCAGUUGUGUAGCUGCCUCGUUCUCGUUUGUACAAAGUGUAUCAUUAUUCUUUUGGACUGCGUAUUUGGUGAACAAUGAGGAUAAGUACAUAGAGAGGAUAGGAGCAAAGGAGAAUCGCAUAGUUACGAGCACACGUAUCGCCAUGUACUCCUUGCAGAUGAUCUUCGCACCUAUUCACGCCAUAUCGACGGCGAUCAUAGUCUUCGUGCUGUACGAAAACCUGCGUUCUCAAAACGACGAAAAAAUUACUCAUGGCUAUUUCCUGAGUGAACCACAACUGGGUCAUCAGAAGAUACUCGUGCCGAUAGAGCUGAGACAAGUACGAGAUAUGAGUGACGAAGAUACCGAAAACGCCUCUGUAGGGGUGCAAACCAGUGGAACACGGACGCAGCAGGUAUAA